UCGUUCAAGUGUUAUUCAAAAACUCUUCUGCACUUUUUUGUAAAGACCUUUUCUUUUCCUAAAGAGAUUAAAUUGAAAUUGAUUACAAUGCUCAGUUUAAGGCAUUUUCAGAAAAUUAGAAAAAUUAAGACAUGUACACAAAAUUACGUAAGACGAUCAGCCUCAAGCUAUGGGCAAAGAAAUGCUGUAGAUAUAGGAAUUCACGGUUAUUCGUUAUUGGCUAUUCCAGCCAUCACUUUCGGCCUUGGGACCUGGCAGAUUUUCAGACGGCAGUGGAAACUUGGUGUUAUUGAUCAUCUUGCCAGCAGAACGGGUGCAUCACCAAUUCCAUUUCAGUCUACAGAUAUUGAAGGGCUAUCUGACAUGGAAUACCGGAAGUUUGAACUCCAUGGAAAAUUUGAACAUGACAAAGAAAUUUACAUAGGGCCAAGAUCACUGGUUGGAAAUGAAAAAAAUGAAGCUGGUGGGAUGUUGUCUUCAGGGCAAAGUGGCUAUUUAGUCAUCACUCCAUUUAAACUAUCAGAUUCCAAUCUCACAGUUCUUGUAAACCGCGGAUGGAUUCCUCGUAAAAAAAUGAAUCCAUUCACCAGACUAAAUGGACAAAGAGAAGGCGAAACAAAACUGAUUGGUGUGUACCGCUCUAAUGAAAAUCGCCCCCAGUUUGUACCCCAAAAUCAGCCCAAAGACCGCAUGUAUCAUUUCAGAGAUGUGGAGGGAAUGGCUCGGCUUCUAAACACUGCGCCAAUUUUCUUUGACGCGGACGCUGAUAGCACAGUACCGGAUGGACCUGUAGGUGGACAAACAGUUGUUACUGUUAGAAAUGAACACGUUUCGUACAUUUUAACGUGGUAUUCAUUAUCAAUUAUCACAGCAUUUUUGUGGCAUCGACGAUUUAUCAAGAAAAUGCCUCUUAUGUAACUUAAAUGUAUUUAUCUUCAUAGAGGUUAAAGUCAAAUUAAUAAAUUUUAACAUCAAACAUCA